ACAUGCUUCGGCAACCGAAUGGUCACGUGAUAAAAAUACCCGGAUACUUCUGUGUAUUGCAAAGAUAGAUCAAUACUUGUAUAUAGGAAAUAUUAAACGCAGCAAACAAGGGCAUAAUAAUGGGACAGGGAGAAGUGGAGCGUGAUGGGGACAUUGGGUGCUGUGGCUACUGUCUGAUGUUCCUCUCCUUUGUUCUGGUCGUCAUGUUCUUUCCUUUCUCUCUGUGUAUAGCCAUCAAGGUGGUGCAAGAAUACGAAAGGGCUGUAAUUUUUCGCCUGGGUCGUGUUGUGGGAGGUGCCAAAGGACCUGGUCUGUUUUUCUUGUGGCCAUGCGUUGAUGAAAUGCAGAAAGUGGAUCUUCGAGUUUUGUCUUAUGAUGUUCCACCACAAGAAAUUUUGACGCGGGAUUCUGUGACGGUGGCUGUGGAUGCCGUCGUUUAUUACCGUAUCUUUGACCCGAUUAUGUCGGUCUGUAAUGUCAACGACGCCUUCAGGUCCACCCAGUUACUGGCAUCUACCACCCUCAGAAACGUCCUGGGUACCAAGGCUAUGUCCGAGGUCUUGUCUGAGCGAGAGAGCAUUUCACACGAGAUGCAGCAAAUUUUGGAUACCUCUACUGACCCAUGGGGAAUGAAAGUGGAAAGAGUAGAAAUUAAGGACGUCCGUCUCCCGAUUCAGUUACAGAGAGCUAUGGCUGCUGAGGCAGAAGCAGCUAGAGAGGCCAGGGCUAAGGUGGUUGCAGCUGAGGGAGAACAGAAGGCUUCACGGGCUCUGAAGGAAGCUGCUGAUGUCAUCACGGAAUCCCCCGCCGCCCUCCAACUCCGAUAUCUACAGACCCUCAACUCCAUUUCUGCUGAAAAGAACUCGACCAUCAUUUUCCCACUGCCUAUCAACAUGUUGUCAGCUUUCAGCAAGAAAUAAAUUAAUUUGGAGACAAAAAUCUGAGAUCAAAUUUUGUAUGGAAAUCCGAUAUUUUGUGUACAUGUAUUUAAUGUGACCUUAAUUUACUCUUGUGAUAUAUUGUACAUGUACAUUUUGUACCUUGUGCUGUCAACUUUUAUAACAUUCACCUGGCUUUAUAAACAUGGAAUUCAAAAAUGCUAUCGGUGUAGAAACGAGAUGUUUGAUUGUUGAAUAUUCACAAUCGGUUUUAUAAAUGACUUUUA